GGAUAGUGUAAAACCACAUUACCCAUAAAGCCCAGGUGCAUAUGUUUUCUCUUUUUCCGGAUGUAGCAUCACAUGAAUUGACUGUCAACAUGCAAGAUGGCCACGCAUCACAGGCAAAAUGCUGCUGGGCGGAGGAAAGUACAGGUGUCUUAUGUCAUUAGAGACGAGGUGGAGAAGUACAAUCGGAACGGGGUGAACGCUCUCCAGCUCGAUCCUGCGCUCAACCGGCUCUUCACUGCUGGGAGGGACUCCAUCAUCCGGAUAUGGAGCGUCUACCAGCACAAACAGGACCCAUACAUCGCAUCUAUGGAGCAUCAUACAGACUGGGUUAAUGACAUAGUCCUCUGUUGCAAUGGAAAAACAUUGAUAUCUGCCUCAUCAGAUACAACAGUCAAAGUAUGGAACGCGCAUAAAGGGUUUUGUAUGUCGACGUUACGAACUCACAAGGACUACGUGAAAGCGUUGGCCUAUGCUAAGGACAAGGAACUAGUGGCGUCUGCAGGUCUGGACCGGCAGAUCUUUCUUUGGGAUGUAAACACACUAACAGCACUCACUGCUUCCAACAACACUGUCACCACCUCAUCUCUCAGUGGGAACAAGGACUCGAUCUACAGUCUGGCUAUGAACCAGAUGGGCACAGUCAUUGUAUCUGGAUCCACAGAAAAGGUCCUCAGAGUGUGGGAUCCUCGAACAUGUGCAAAGCUGAUGAAGCUAAAAGGCCACACAGACAAUGUCAAGUCAUUGCUGCUGAACCGAGACGGCACUCAGUGUCUGUCGGGCAGCUCAGACGGGACCAUCCGCCUUUGGUCACUCGGCCAGCAGAGGUGUAUCGCCACCUACCGGGUGCACGACGAAGGCGUUUGGGCCCUGCAGGUCAAUGAGGCCUUCACGCACGUAUAUUCUGGAGGCAGAGACAAAAAGAUCUACUGCACUGACCUGCGUAACCCAGACAUCCGUGUGCUCAUUUGUGAGGAAAAGGCCCCGGUGCUCAAAAUGGAACUGGACAGAUCUGCUGACCCACCUCCAGCAAUCUGGGUCUCCACCACCAAGUCAUCCGUUAAUAAAUGGUCUCUAAAGGGAAUGCACAACUUCAGGUCAUCAGGGGAGUAUGACAAUGACUGCAGUACCCCUCUGACACCACUGUGUACUCAGCCAGAACAAGUCAUCAAGGGAGGUGCCAGUAUUAUACAGUGCCACAUUCUGAAUGACAAGAGACACAUACUCACCAAAGAUACCAACAACAAUGUGGCGUUCUGGGAUGUCCUAAAGGCUUGCAAGGGAGAAGACUUGGGGAAAGUGGAAUUUGAUGAAGAGAUUAAAAAGCGCUUCAAGAUGGUCUAUGUGCCAAAUUGGUUCUCUGUAGAUCUGAAAACUGGGAUGCUCACAAUCACUCUGGAUGAGAGCGACUGCUUCGCUGCCUGGGUCUCUGCAAAGGAUGCAGGGUUUUCAAGUUCUGAUGGAUCUGACCCAAAGUUGAACCUGGGUGGACUGUUGCUCCAGGCUCUGCUGGAGUUUUGGCCCAGAACUCGCAUCAACCCCAUGGAUGAGGAGGAGAACGAGGUGAACCACGUGAACGGAGAGCAGGAGAACAGGGUCCAGAAAGGAAAUGGAUAUUUCCAGGUGCCACCACACACGCCAGUCAUCUUUGGUGAAGCAGGAGGCAGAACUCUUUUUAGGUUGCUAUGUAGAGAUUCAGGUGGAGAGACUGAAUCCAUGCUGCUGAAUGAGACAGUCCCUCAGUGGGUUAUUGAUAUAACUGUAGAUAAAAAUAUGCCCAAGUUCAACAAAAUCCCAUUCUACCUCCAGCCUCAUUCUUCCUCUGGUGCAAAAACUCUAAAAAAGGAUCGUUUGUCUGCCAGCGACAUGCUCCAGGUCAGGAAGGUGAUGGAGCACGUCUACGAGAAGAUCAUCAACCUGGACAACGAGUCGCAGACCACCAGCUCCUCAGCAAACGACAAACCUGGAGAGCAGGAGAAGGAGGAGGACAUGGCUAUGCUGGCUGAAGAGAAGAUUGAGUUAAUGUGUCAAGACCAGGUUCUAGAUCCCAACAUGGACCUGCGAACAGUUAAACAUUUUAUCUGGAAGAGCGGAGGGGACUUGACGCUUCACUAUAGGCAGAAGUCCACGUGAAAGUCCUACUUUUUAAAAACCAGAACUCUUUGUCAUUUGCCAAUCACCACCCACCUCUGACAUGUAGUACCCUAAACCCCAUUGUGUGGUCAAGAGUCGCAGUAUCAAUGCGAACCCAGUAAAAUUUGUGAGGACGUGGCUCAUGGUGUAUCAUAGGGAACUGACCAGAACAGGCCGGCGCAGCCAACAGACCCCUGGGAGAUCAGUGGUCCAUACUGUUUUUUUUUUUUUUUUACAGUUUCAAGAACGGACUUUAAUGUUUUCUCCAGGUCUCAACUUUUUUUUUUUUUUUUUAAAAGGUCUUUGACUGCUCUUUAUAUUUUUUCCCCCAGUCUUGAUUGGCAUUUUAUUUUGAAGCAACUGAAGUUCCAGUACAUGUUUGUGUCUGAGUGAGUGUGUGUGUGUGUAUGCACAUGGAUGUAGUAGACUGUUUGUUCUAGUACAUUCCAGAAACUGUCCUUGCUCUACAAACACUCUGCGCCUGUCUCAGCAGCAUCACCAGUUUAGGAGUACACUUGGUCUCUGGGUAGCGUCACAGCCCCUCAAAGAAAUCCUCAUCUGUUCUGUUGUCCACAUCUUAACUUGAACUUAGACAUCUAAUUAUUGCAGAGCUUGAACCUCAUUGACAGAAGCACUUGUAUUUGUUUUUCAUUUUUAGCUGUGCUGUUCUCAAUGAAAUGAAUGUCCUUUUUCCUUUUUUUUGUAAAUAUAUGUACAACAUUUUUUUGAUUUAAAUGACUUUCUUUUUGGUUUUGCAGCAGUUUUUUUUGUUCCUGUACAGUUUUACUUAAAAAAAACAAGUUAUUUUUCCAAAUCCCUAGAGCACAUUCAUGAUCAUGGAGGUUAUUCGACUUGGAUGUUAAAAUUUUUGCAUUUUGUUGUAUUCACUGCAAACCAGAAAUUGCAGUUUAGUCUGAAAAAUGUUAGUAGUCGUCAAAGUCAUCUUAGCAAUUGGGGAAAUUAUAUAUAAGGUAUAUAUCUUUAACAAUAACUCAUGCUUACAUGCUCUGUGUUUGGCUCAUGAGCAGUGACUUUGAUGACAGUGAGGGCUGCUCCUAAUGUACAUUUCAUUUAGAUUCAAUAGGAGUUCAAUAUAACUUGAAGGGGAGAGAAUAUAGGAACAUACAACCACUGUGGGGAAAUUCACCAAAGUGAAAUAAACGCUAACACCUAUUUCUCUCUUGGUGUGCCACCAAGCAGGAGAACAACACAUCUUUUCAUUGUAAAUUUUCUGGAGUUGAUUUUUUUUUUUUGCCAUGACGAGUGUGUGUGUAGCCAUAGCGGGGAGGGGGAGGUUGGGAUGCACUGAGAGAGCCCUAAUUGGCCAAAAACAGGAUGUGUACCAUAAUCAGGCCAUAACUCUGCAAUAUCCCUUGUUGUAAUAAUUUGUGAAUUAUGUAUAUUUUAGGCAUUAAAAGAAAUAAAUUGGAAUGGUUUAACAAAGACAGAUUUAUGGGGAUUAUAAAUGGAUGUUGUAAUGUGUUCAGCUGAUGAGCACUGUUCCCUCUAAGCUGCGCGCGUGCGCAAUUGUGCACUGCUGACACGGUCUCCGCGCACAGAAAAUCUGCGCUGCGCACAAAAAAAAAUCCAACCUAAAUUGUAAAUAAAAUAAACACGAAACAAUUAAUUCUGUGGUAUUUUUCAAUGUGAGUCAGUGAGUGACCGGUGACUGGCUGCUGCAGCCAAUGAUACGAUUCACAUACGUAUUUACCAUAGACUGUAUAUAAUGGUAUUUACGCAGCUAAUCUAUGUCAGGCGUCCUUAUGUGCAGCCACCAUUGUUCUCAUAGAUAUGAAUGAGUAGAUAGGACACGCCCCUUUGAGCUGCGUGCUACAGCGAGGCUAAGCUAGUGGGGGCAAAGUUUCAGUGCAUUCUGUUGAUGGAGACGGCGUGAAAACGGAAACAACAAGUAUGCCGUCUCACUGUGCUGCAUACAAUUACACACUGCGUCGUACGAUUGAGACAAGGAAACUUGGAAUGACUUUUCAAAGGUUUCCCAGAGACUAUGGGUUGAGGAGGAAUUGGAAGUUUGUCGGCUUAGACCUGGUGUCAUUCCAUCAGUGUUAAACUUCCCGGCUCAUCUUGGAAGAGUACGUGCCAGAAAGACCACGACCAAGCAGCCUUGAGAUCUUAGGCAGCGUCUCCCUCAGGUCCCUCUCUAUCUCCCCACACAUCCACCAACCACUGGAACACAUCUCCAAAGUUCUGCUGGGCCAGCUCAGCUUCCCCUCAGAAGAAGUUCCACCAGAUGAAGGAGCCUUUUGAGAGGCAGCUGGCAUCGUGAUUGGACUGUACUUUGGUCUGUUCCAAUCCAGCUUCAGCUCCAGAGACGGCAGGCGGGACGAGUCAACGGAGGCCGGAUGGACGAAGGCAUGCAGCUGAGUACAAUCCAGAAAACAACAGAGGAGGAGUGCAGGGCCAGAACACAGAGUAGCAUCGUAUGUCUCUUAGAAAACAUCAUAGUAUAGCCUUUGGUAUGAAAAAACGCCAUCAUAUACAUCGUAUAUUGUACAAAUAACAGGUCAAAGGAAAGAGACAUACAUUGUAGAAUUGUAGUAAUUGUGGGCUGACUGAUUUACUGAUUAUCAGUAUUUUAUUUUUUACUGAUUUACGGUAAUAAAUCAAUUUAAAAAUGGUG